UUUUUACAUUCAUAUUCGCUUAACAUUUAUUUAUAUUGAAGUUUAGCGCAUUAAAGAUUUAAAUUAAAAAUGUUGUCUAUAAAGAAUAUAUUUUUUGGAAUCACUAUUGUGGGAAUGGCAACGGCGGAAUACUACGAUAUAAAAGAUUCUUUAACAGAAAAAUCUUUUGAAUUUGAAAAACCAGCUGGGGAUAAGAAUGCUGUGGAAUUCCCGGAAUUAAUUGAUUACAAUGACAAUUGUUUACGCGCUUGUCCCCGCAUUUUAGAUCCUAUUUGUGCUGUUGAUGAAAUGAAUCCUCAGGAACAUAAAUAUUUUCAUAACCAAUGUUUAAUGGAAUACGACAAUUGUCGUCAGAGUAGAGCUUGGAAGCCCACACAGAUGCUUUUGUGUAUUAAGGACAUUGAUCCGGUGGUACGUGAUGACUGUAUGCGUGCCUGUCCAUUGAUUUAUAAUCCUGUUUGUGCCAGUGAUGGAAAAAAUUAUGAAAUUUUUGGCAACCGAUGCAGUUUUGGCAUGGAAAAUUGCUUAGCCAGCGGCAAAUGGUUGGAAGUGCGCGCUGAACAAUGUGGUUUGUGAAAAAUUGAAUUAUGAUGAUGGUUUCUAUCAAAUAAAAUUUAAACUUGUGCGAAAAUAUUUCACAUUUUUCACUCAUUUUUGAUGUGACGUUAAAAGUAAAACACUAUUUUUAUAUAUUUCAUAAUUUUUAUUAAAUUAUAUCAAAAUUGUAUUUAGUACUUUAUGUUAUACAUUUAAGAAUUGUUAGUUUAUUUUAUA